GUGGACGCUGCCGAGUAAGCAUCGUUAAAGUCUCCCCUCCCACCGCCGUCAUGUCUAAGUCAGAGUCUCCCAAAGAGCCUGAACAGCUGCGAAAGCUCUUCAUCGGAGGUCUGAGCUUUGAAACAACCGAUGAGAGUCUGAGGAGCCAUUUUGAGCAAUGGGGAACACUUACGGACUGUGUGGUAAUGAGAGAUCCGAACACCAAGCACUCCAGAGGCUUUGGGUUUGUCACCUAUGCCACUGUGGAGGAGGUAGAUGCAGCCAUGAAUGCAAGGCCACACAAGGUGGAUGGAAGAGUUGUGGAACCAAAGAGGGCUGUCUCAAGAGAAGAUUCUCAAAGACCUGGUGCCCACUUAACUGUGAAAAAGAUUUUUGUUGGUGGCAUUAAAGAAGACACUGAAGAACAUCAUCUAAGAGAUUAUUUCGAACAGUAUGGGAAAAUCGAAGUGAUUGAGAUCAUGACUGACCGAGGCAGUGGCAAAAAGAGGGGUUUUGCUAUUGUAACAUUUGAUGACCAUGAUUCUGUAGACAAGAUUGUCAUUCAAAAAUACCAUACUGUGAAUGGCCACAACUGUGAAGUAAGGAAAGCGCUCUCUAAGCAAGAGAUGGCUAGUGCUUCAUCCAGCCAAAGAGGUCGAAGUGGUUCUGGAAACUUUGGUGGUGGUCGUGGGAAUGACAACUUUGGUCGCGGAGGAAACUUCAGUGGUCGAGGUGGCUUUGGUGGCAGUCGAGGUGGUGGUGGAUAUGGUGGCAGCGGGGAUGGCUAUAACGGAUUUGGUAAUGAUGGAAGCAACUUUGGAGGUGGCGGAAGCUAUAAUGAUUUUGGCAAUUACAACAAUCAAUCCUCAAAUUUUGGACCCAUGAAAGGAGGCAAUUUUGGAGGCAGAAGCUCUGGCCCUUAUGGUGGUGGAGGCCAAUACUUCGCCAAACCACGAAACCAAGGUGGCUAUGGUGGUUCCAGCAGCAGCAGCAGCAGCAGCUAUGGCAGUGGCAGAAGGUUUUAA